AUGACAUGGUUGAAACGUUUUACUUAUGUCUUGUCUUCUCUUUCACAGCGCUGCAAAGACCGACUAAACUCUUUGGCCAUCUCUGUCAUGAACCAGUGGCCGGGUAUCAAGCUGCGAGUGACCGAAGGCUGGGACGAGGAUGGUCAUCAUUCCGAUGAAUCCUUACAUUAUGAGGGCCGAGCGGUGGACAUCACCACCUCGGACAGGGAUCGCAACAAAUACGGGAUGCUGGCCCGGCUGGCGGUGGAGGCGGGGUUUGACUGGGUGUAUUAUGAAUCCAAGGCGCAUAUCCACUGCUCUGUGAAGUCAGACCGCCAUGCCAACGGAAAUCCGCCCACCGCCCCUCAGGACCACGCCUGGAAGUCGUCCGUCAACAAGGGGAGAUCGGAAGAGGCGUACGAUCCGCACUCCGUGUGGAGGGCGCAGGGGGCCGCCGACGUGCAGGCCGAAGGGGGGAAAGACCCUUGGGACAACCACCUAAGGACACAAGAAGAAUUGGGAUCCACCAGUUUCAAACAACAAAACAAAAAGAAGAAAAAAGGAGAAAGAAAGUAUAAAAAGGAAAAGAAAGGGAAAACUCAAGAAGGUGAUGAGAAAAAAGUAAAGAAAAGGAAAAAUGAAGGAAAAAAUGCAAGUGACAAAACAUCAUGGAGGGGAAGGAAGGAAGGAAAGGGAAGGGUGAUGAAGGAGAACUGAAGGAGUAGAAGAUCUUGGUUGACAAGAAAGAAGAAAGUCAAUGGUUAAAUGGUGGUACAACGUGGUGCAAAGAUGGGGUGAAAAAAACCAAGUGAACUGGGAGACUGUACCUUCCAAACCUAGGGCACCGCCAUGGGCUCUACAAUGGGCCCCAAACAAGCACAACCCUAGGAGACAAGGAACAAAAUGUUUAUAGGAACAGCAAGAAAAGAAAAAAAAGAGAAUAAUCACUGGAGAUGUGAGAAAAUAUGAAGGAUAAAUAUGAAGCAAAACAAAACUGAUCGUCCAAUGGAAAUGAGUUAAUAUUGUAUGUUAAGUUAUUCAGUCCAAUAUAUACUCGGCCAGUCAUUUCUAGAACAUACACUGCUGAGCUAUCGUAGAAUAUACAUCAGUGUAGUUGGCUCACCAAAUUCACUUGUAACAAAAUAGUGAUAUUACAUGUGAAUGGUACAAUGAGGCAGCUUCUAGUCAUAUUGUGAAGACCCCUCGUAUUUCCAAGUAAUCGUCACAUUGUUCUUGCUAAAAAUAUAAAUAAAAUUGGGACAAGGCAAAAGGAAGGAGGAUGAAGUAGAAAUGUUAAAUACAAUGUGCUGAUCCUGUGCUGAUAAAAACAAGGACCACAAGCUGAAUGACUAAAUGUGUAGAAUUUAUUUAUUUUUGCUUUUUUUUUUUUACAGAUUUGUAAUUUAAUUUUUUCUUUAGACAAAGACUCCAAAGAUGAAGAUAUUCCAAUAUUUAUAAUAUUUUAUGCAUUAGCAUUAACAAUAAGGGGAAAGGUAUUUAAAAUACAACCGAAAAGGGCCUAGAAGUCCACUGCUAGGAGCAAAUCAUGCCUCUGCUCCAGCCCUGGGGGGCGCGUAAGGAUGAGGUGCUGUGUGGGGUCAUCUGUGGUUGGCACUGGAAGGCAUGUCUGUGGUAUGUACGCGCGGGACAUCUAUAUGGCAGGUCCUCUGUGGAGGGCAUCUGAGGCUGACAAAUGGGGGUGUUACUGGCACUUUGCACAGCGUGUUGCAUGAUGUUUUAUUUUGUGUGCCUUUUGCAAUAGGCUUAUCAUAAAAUGGCACUACCCUAACCAGUACAUAGCUAAGGUAGAAAAGGGCCUUUUAUUAGUGUGAUUUUAUAUCCCCUUAUUUUCCAUGGCCCAUUGGUCUAUACCCCUGCUCCAUCAAUUUGCUGACAAUGCAGUUACCUGAAGAGAGGAGUUCUGCAGUUUCGCACCAAUAGAAAAAGGAAUGGGACCAACUAGGACAGGUGCCCCCCCUCUCUCUGUGGGUCCCAUAGCAGCCGUAUAGUCUGCGACUAUGGUACAUACACCCUUGACUCCAACUUAUUGGGAGGUCCAGCGUCCCCCACUAUGCCUAUGGGUCAUGUAGAACUGUAUAGGAGAACUGGUUAAGAACCUCUAUAACAAUUGGACUCCCAUAGAUAUGGAUGGCCCAGCCUAGAGGCAGCAAUAGUCACUUCUGGUAGACGUGCAGAGAAGACGUCAGGCAUUACAUGUGGAACUUAAAUAAGAAAACUGUGAGAUUCUGAGGAAAGGGCAUUAGUGAUACUUGUUCUUCAGUUUACGUCAGUGUUUUCUGCAUUCACCAUAAUGGUAGCAGUCAAUGCCGACUACCGUCUAUGCUGAUUUCUUUUUGGUCUAAAAAUUGGCCAUGGACAGAGUUCAUGUAAUUAGUGGAACCAAGCAGUAACGUGGGAGGGCCUCCUGUGCAGCCCCAUAGCAAAAUUUAAGUAGCACCCCCAUGCAUGGUAUAUAUCAGUGUUCCCCAACCUGUGGCUCCCCAGCUGUUGGAGUAGUAGUAGUAGGAGUAGCUUCUAGUAGUAGGAGUUGUGGUUCUCCAACAAGUGGGGAGCCACAGGUUGGAGAACACUGGUAUCCUCAAUGGGCGCUCAUGACCCCUAGCAUCCCUAACCCCCCCCCCAUUGAUGGUAACAAAGUAGCCAUUGAUCCAUUGGUGGGAAAACGUAUCCUACAGUCUUCUCUGAUCUUCAUGGUUUUACAAUGUAUCUAGUGACAACUGUUACAUUGUAUCUUCUUUGAUCGUAACAAUGUGUCGCCGUUAUUAACUCUUUCAUGUCCUUGUUUUUAUCAGCACGAAAUAUAUGUAUAAUAUUAAAGAGGCAGUCUCAUGGAGGAAACCCCUUCUGUACAGACAGCUGCCGCGGUGAUCCGCCAUUGGCCGCUGGUCGGCCAUACGUGUCAUGCGGUAUUACAUGGCAGCUGUUCAAGUAUAGGUAGUCAUGUAAAAUAUGGGCAUCUGGUUCCAACAAAGUGGGACUGUGACUCAAUGGGGGGGGGGGGGUCCACAAGAUAAAGUUUCCCCCAAAAGUUCCUCUGCCACUUGCAUUUUUGGGGGACCUUAAUGCAGAUUUUGCAUUGGUGCCCCCAGGUUAUGCCUCUUCAACUCCCCCCUUCCUUGACGCCCAUAUGCUCCAACAGGACAUAUACAUAACGGGGGUCGCCAUCAUGAACAGCCCCUUUAACUUAUUUCUAUGACUCUUCUACCUUGCAGUGAUUGGCAAUGUGACGGUAGAAGGAUCCUGAACCUGCGUUGGGGAAAUUCGCUACUUACUGAACAAUUUUACUUUAAAAAGAAAAAAAAAAAAAAGAGCUAAUUUAUUAACUUUAAGCGAUUUAUAUUUUUUUAUUUCCAGAGUGGUUUGUUCGUUUGUUUUUUGGUACUACGGUGAUUGUAGAGUUGUAUAUUUUGCUUCAUGUGAAAAUUGUACAAUAUAUUUAAAAUAAAAACUGAUCUGUGA